ACGGCGGCGACGCGACUGGCGAGCUUCCGAGCUACGGCCUUCGCCCGCAGGCGUGCCGUCUACUCUACUCGCCUACUGCACCCCCCCCCCCCCCCGGUGCUGGCUUGCCCGCCGUCUCGGCCUCCUGGCCGCUUCCUUGCCUCGGCGCCCAGGGCGUAGCCGCGGCUCUGGCAACGGCUGGGCGGCUAGCCACCGGCUGGCCUCGGGGGACGUCGACAGCCUCCCCAAUUGGCGAUCCGUCCUGUCUGACAUCCUGCGGGCUUGUCUCUGGGCACUUCUCUGUGCGAAAACUCAGCAUCUUCCGGCUGAUCAGCGGUGAUGGAUGUCGAUGGAGAGUCGAGUGGGCCUGUCGGGGAUAUGAACGAUCUGGAAAAUUAUUCAUUUGAGAAUGAAACUUGUGGAAUUUGUAGAGACAUUGUCAUUGAUAGAGGAGUUCUGGAUUGCUGUCAACACUGGUUCUGCUAUACAUGCAUUGACAACUGGUCUGCCAUCACAAAUCGCUGCCCCCUUUGCAAAAGUGAAUUUCAGUCUAUAACAUGCACUCCAGUGUUUGAUACCACUGGAGCUAAUAAUGAAGAUGAAUAUUCUUUAACCAGUGGUGAUGAUGACUGGUAUAUGCAAGGAGAAAACAACACACUUUCCUUCCCAUCAUACUAUAUUGAUGCAGAAGCAGUAGUUUGCUUGGAUGAUGGUGAUUGCAAGAUUCGGAGUGGAGCUGUGUCAGUGGAGGAUGAUUCAACUUUUGAUACGUCAAUUGCUUGUGAUUCUUGUGAUUUAUGGUAUCAUGCUAUAUGUGUGGGUUUUAAUCCAGAAGUGGCAUCUGAAGAUUCAUGGUUGUGCCCAAGAUGCGUGUCUACUGAAGUGAAACACAAUGCGGAUCCUAUCUUGAAACAAAAUUUCAGUGGGGACUGUUCAACUGGUUCUGGUAGGACAACUACCGAUGCAUCAUUUUCUGGGAGGGUGUCCGUAUCUGUUGCUGAUGAAGGUGAAACUGCCCUUGUUGUCUCAAUGGUUGGUGUACAUUCUGAAAUUCGGGAUGGUCUGUCGGAACCUUCACUAGGCUUAAAGACUGAACAGGAAAGAUUUAAUUCCAAUUCAUAUCCAAGUUAUUCCAACGAUGAUUUGUUGAAUGAAGCUGUCGCAGAUGCCAAAAUCUUUAGGAACUCAGAUGGUUUCACUAUAUCACACGAUAGAUGCUCUGAAACAAAUCUUGUCCACAAGGUUUCUUCUGAGCCAACAGAAAGGCCAUUGGAGUUUUCACCAAUACGUGAGUCGGCAACUACAUUAUUUAGAUCAGAGCAGGGGAACAUGCCAAAUGUACAGUUGGAAGUACCACAACAUGCUCCAUCUUGUUCAUUUUCACAAAUCAGCAAAGUAUCUGAAAAUUCAGGAGAGGAGAAUACAUUGCUUAGAGAAAUUGGAAGAUCUACUGUCAUCACACCACAAUUUUCAUCACCAGCUGGUGAUGCGGCAAAAUCGAACGACAUAGAUUUGAUCGAUGCAGGUGAGAUUAAGCAGAUGGGAAGUGCUCUGGACGUGCAGUUGACAUCGACGCAUGAUGGAAAAGCUAUUGGUGAUAUUGAAGUUAAAUACAAGGAAUCAAAUGAUGAAAUUGGUCGUCCUGCAAAGAAAGCAAGGUCAGAAGUGUCAGAACAGGAAAUGGAUCUGAUUGGGAACUCAGGUGCUUCUCCAUCAGAUGAUCAUACUACUUCCAGUCCAGCAAAAGCUGAAAUUGGUGGUAUGCCAGAAUUCCUCAGAUCGGAUAAUUCUGUUCCUGAUAUAAUGAGUAUAGUUGGAGAAGACUACAGAAGAGAUCCUGGUAGAGAAUUGGCAAGGCCUGUAGGAAGAAGAGCAGGAGAUAAGCCUGGCCUGAGAGUGAAAAAGAUUUUCCGAAAGGAAGAAGGAAAGAAGUCCUCAGCUGUAGUUCAAAAGCUACAACAAGAGAUCAGGGAAGUGGUUAGAGACACUGGCACUACUAUACUCGAGAAAGAUAUUGCAUUUGAUGAAAAACUUUUGACUGCAUUCCGUGCGGCGAUUGGAAAGUCUGCAGAUGAACCAGGGGGAAGAACUAAUUCUUCACUCAUAAAAGCAAGGAGGGCAUUGCUUCAGAAGGGAAAAAUACGUGAAAAUCUGACCAAAAGGUUGUAUGGAACAUCCACAGGAAGGAGACGAAGUGCAUGGCACCGUGAUUGGGAAGUCGAAUUCUGGAAACAUCGUUGCUCUGCAGGGAUAAAUCCUGAAAAGAUUAAGACACUGCAAUCAGUACUUCAGUUACUCAAGAAAUCCUCAGAAAUGGAUAAAGAAAUUGCUCAAGAUAAGAAGGGGAUGAAUACUGAUUCCAUUUUGUCCAGGGUAUAUUUGGCUGAUGCUUCAGUUGUUCCUAGGAAGGUUGAUGUAAAACCUCUGUCUGCCAUUGCAGGAUGCCCACAAUCAGAUGAAAACAGCCUAGUCAAGGCUAACAAUAGCAAGGCACCUAACAAACCUGUACCAGGGACUGAAACAAUCAAUAUCAGUUCACCCAAUAGCAGUGUAAAAGUGUCUAGUUCUUUGAUCCUUAGUAAAGAAGCAUCUAGCAGAAAGGAUAACAGAAAUAAUAAGGCAGCACCAAAUCAACAAAACCAAUCUGCGGGUGAUAUAAAGCAUGACAAAAGGAAAUGGGCUCUUGAGGUCCUAGCAAGAAAAAAUGCCAGUUCUAUUACAAGCAAAGACAAAUGUGAAGUUGCUGAUGAUCUGAAGGCAAAAUACCCUCUAUUAGCACAACUUCCUGUUGAUAUGAGGCCGCAUCUCACAACUAGUCAUCAUAAUAAAGUUCCCAUAUCAGUUAGACAGGCGCAACUUUACCACAUCGCUGAGCAUUAUCUGCAGAAAGCAAAUUUGGCUGUCAUUCGCAGAUGCGCAGAUACUGAGUUGGCCAUUGUUGAUGCUGUCAAUGUAGAAAAGGAUAUUAACGAGAGGUCUAGUAGCAAAUCAAUUUAUGUGAAUCUCUGCUCUCAAGCUACUCGUCAGCCUGCCAAAGGAAAAUCAGAGAAUGGCGCUUCAAAUAUAGCUGCAAAGACUGAAUUAGACAAUGGACAGAUACCACAAGAAGUUAACACCAAAAAUACCAAUAUUUGUAACAGUGACACCAAAGAAGCUUUAAACAGCACAGAUCAUUCUGAUCUUCCUGCAAGUGCCGGGAAAAUGGUUAAGGGUGAACUAGGUGUGGAUCUUUCUCCAGAGCAGCAAACUGCUGGCUUCAGCAACGUGGAAGAAGCGCUCAAAAUGGCAGGCCUCUUGGAUUCCCCUCCUAACAGUCCUGAGAGAAAGACCACCACAAUUGAAGGAGAAUGCAUUGUUGAUUUGGAUUCAGAACCCAGCAGAAACUUGCAGUCAACUUCUGAUUCUAUGGCGAGGGAUAUAUCCUCACUCAAAGAAGCUGAUGAUUCCUCUCUGCUAAUUGAUCUCCAUGAAAAUGGUCAAAAUCUCCAUAUUGUGACAUCAUGUCAGCAACCAAAAUAUAAUUCUGAUGAGCAUCAGAAGUUGAUACUCAGAGGAGAAACAACAGAUGCAACAGCAAAUCAAAUUGUUUCAGUGGACUUGGAUGAAGCUGGGUGUAGCGUGCAAAUCAAAAACUCAAACGGAUCAAAUAAAGAAAUUCUAGCUGAGACCAACACGCCUGAUGUAGGGGACCCAAAAGAGAUCAAAGUAUCAGAAAGUGAGAUGUGUAACCAAUCUUGUCAGGUGAAUAGCUCUCUGACAGAAGCUGAAGUAGUCAGCAAAACACUUAACUUAGACUCAAACAAAGGGAAAUCCUCUGGUGACACUGCAGCGUUGAACAGUAGACCUUCAGACGGAGACAAGUUGUCCACACAUCCAGCCCAAAGUGGGGAUGGUUCAAAGAAGCCAGCAAGGGAUCCAGGUAAUAACAAAUCAGAUCCUUCUGGCUCCAUAUAUAAGAAGGUUGAAGUGUUCGUGAAAGAGAACAUCAGACCACUUUGUAAGAGUGGUGUGAUUACUGUCGAGCAAUAUAGGUGGGCGGUCGCAAAAACCACAGAAAAGGUCAUGAAAUACCAUUCUGACGCUAAAAAUGCCAACUUUCUGAUCAAGGAGGGCGACAAGGUGAAAAAGUUGGCCCUACAGUAUGUUGAGGCAGCCCAGCAAAAGGUUACAUGACUCGGCGAAGUCCCAAAAAAAAAAAAAGAUCCUGUCAGUUGCUAAAGUGACAAUUCAGCAAUA